CGCAGGAGGCGGUGGCCCGUGGGGCACCACGGGAGUUGUAGUCCGCGGCCUGCGGCGAGGGCCGGCGGUGGAAGCGGGAGGUCGGCGGGUCCGUGUGGAGAUAAUGCGUCUCGCUGCACUGCUGGCGGCUGCAGCCAAGGUGCCGGCGGGUUACCGGUACGGCACCAACCGUCCCUGGACGGCAGCAGCCCAGAGGAUGAACCCCCCGGGCAGGCAGCGCAGGAAGGUGUUUGUGGAGCCCAUCCCGGAGUGGACGGUAUUCAGGGGAGACGUGGUUGAAAUUCUCAAAGGGAAAGAUGCCGGCAAGCAGGGAAAGGUGAGCCAGGUGAUCCGAGCACGGAACUGGGUGAUCCUGGAGGGACUGAACACGCACUACCGUUAUAUUGGGAAAAUGGGAGAGCACAGGGGCACGUACAUCGCCAGCGAGGCACCAUUGCUGGUGGCAGACGUGGCCCUCGUCGACCCUGCCGACAGAAAACCCACGACGGUGGACUGGAGGUUCACGGAGGAGGGAGAGAAGGUCAGAGUGUCCACCCGCUCCGGCCGCAUCAUCCCCAAGCCCGUCUUCCAGAGGAAGGAUGGGAUUGUGCCGGAGCAGUGGAAGGAUGGGCCAAAGGACACCAGCGUGGAGGAUGCGUUGGACAGCUCCUACACCCCGGCUCUGCGAACCUUUGAGGAAGACGUCAUGGAGAAGAUGGGCAUCGUCGAGACCGGGCGUCAGCGCAAGUCCUUCUGGUACUGAUCGUGGAGGAAGGAAGGAGUGAAGGGACUCAGUGACGCUCUCACUCAGAUUUAACACUCUGUAAUAGGCUCUUUAAUUAAACCAUUCCCUUCCAUCGA